GAAAAUAUAUUCAAAAACGUGUAUACAUGUAAAUAUAUUCAAAACCAUGUCUGUACAUAUACAAUUGCUAAGAUAAAAUUUAAUUAAUUCCCUUAUCUUGCUGCAAAUAAAUAUUUGUAAAAAUUUGAUGAUUUAUCUUAUCUUGCUGCAAAUAAAUAUUUGUAAAAAUUUGAUGAUUUAUCUUAUCUUGCUGCAAAUAAAUAUUUGUAAAAAUUUGAUGAGAUUAAAGUAUAUAGAUAAAUAUGCGAUAUAAAGCAAACACAUUGACAUAAAGUAUUUAGUGAUAUUAAGUAAAAUAUUAUUUGUAGCAGUUCCAUGAACGGAAGAGCAAAAGGAUUCGAAGAAUUAGAAAAAAUUAGACAAUCAUUGAAAAUUGAAAUAUUACGAAAAUGAUCACCAUGAUUUUAUUCUUCUUAUUUCUUUUGGCCAGUUUACACUACGUUAUUUUGCAUUAUGGAAGAUUUGGAAGAUUAAUAGAUUUAUUACCAGGGCCUCGGAUAUUACCUAUUAUUGGAAACAUACAUCAUUUUCAACUUUCAUCAAGCGAUCUUUGGGCGUUUAUAAAGCAAAUGAACAUACAAUAUUAUCCAAUUUACAAACUUUGGAGUUUCUGGAGUGCAUUAAUUCAAAUUCAACAUCCAGAUGAUUUUGAGGACGUAAAUGGCAAAUUCGUAGGAAGAUAUUGACAUCAGCGUUUCAUUUCAACGUGCUUCAACAAUUUGUUGACAUAUUUACAGAGGAAGGAGAACGUUUGAUCAAAUCGUUGAAGAGCGAAGAGGGAGUUGUUGUGAAAGAUCUCUUGCAACUCAUUAGCGAGCAUACUUUGAACAUGAUAUGUGACUUGUAAGACCGUGGUUCUACUAUAAUUUCUUUUUUAAUCUCUGCCCGCAAGGAUGGAGACAAUAUAGAUUACUUAAAAUAUUACACGGUUUCACUCGAAAGAUAGUUCAAGAGCGAAAAGAAUAUCACGAUCAGACGAAUGAUCAAUAUUUAACUGAUUUUAACAAGAGUUCAACUGACAAUAAUGGUAACAUGGAGUGCAAUGAUAUUGGAAUUCGUAAAAGGAGACUUGCAAUGCUUGAUCUGUUGAUAGCAGCUCAUCGAAAUAAUGAGAUAAAUGACGAAGGGAUUAGAGAAGAAGUUGAUACUUUCAUGUUUAGAGAUAGAGCCAGGGCUGAAGUAAAAGACGUAUUGAAAGAAAAUGGAGGAAAAUUAAAUCUAUCUGUUCUACAAAAUCUUUUCUAUCUAGAGAGGUGCAUCAAGGAGACCCUUAGACUUUAUCCAAGCGUGCCUCGUAUAUCUCGUAAAGUCGAAAAAGACAUAAAAUUAAGUAAUUACAUAAUACCUGUGAAUACUGUAAUUAACAUGAACAUAUUUGACACUCACAGAAAUCCACGAUACUGGCCAAAUCCGGAUGUCUUUGAUCCCGACAGAUUUUUACCUGAAAAUUCCAAAGGACGGCACUCUUAUGUUUACGUACCUUUUAGUGCUGGUCCAAGAAACUGUAUCGGACAACGAUUUGCCAUGUUAGAGUUAAAAACAACGCUAAGUCUUCUCUUAGAUAAUUAUUAUUUUGAACCCGUUGAUUAUCUUAAAGAUUUGUCCAUUGCCAUGGGUAUGGUACUGAGGCCAGCACAUCCGGUCCAAACGAAAUUCAUUCCUAUUAAGGAUACGUGUUGAUAUUGAACAUAUGUUGAUCUUGUAAACAAUAAAUAAAGAAGUGUUGGUCGGUAAUUAUAACAACGUUUGUAAUUUAUGCUGUAAACAUGCCUGAUGUAAUGAAAACAAGAAUGCAUGUAUGCACAUACUGCUCUACUGCCAUUUUUCGAAUAGUAAAGUCAAUUUGUAGUGACUUUUGUCACAAAGCUUGAAAUGAAGUUCUUAAAAUGCAGUACGAUGUGUAUUUAUAUGAAUGUGCAUUGAAAGACAAGCAAUUUAUCGUAAUUAAAUUCAUUUCGUAAGAGAUCGAUAUUACAGAAUAUUUUUCUAUUAACAGUGGCUUCUCAUUUGUGCUAGAAGUUUAUGUCAAAUAGUAAAGGGAUCAAUCAAUAAAUUGUAGUAAGCAAUUUCAUUUAAAUAAAUGGAAUUCAUAUGAACAGGCUUCCACUGCGAUUAACUAUGGGUAUGCGGAUACGUGUAUCUUGCGACAGAAUGAACGAGAAUAACACACCGUUUAAGUUGACAAUCACUUUUAAUAGUUGAAAUAGGAAAACAAUGUACAGAUACAGAAUUUACAUUCCUAGCCGACGAAAGUUGCUAGAUAAAAUGUUAAUUGUGUAGUAAAAAAUGAAUUAAAAUAAAACGGUACACUUAACGAGUGGCUUAUCCAUUGUAUCUUCUUCUUUAUCUAUUCGCUUAUCGGUUAGUCAUUUACCUAAUUACGAUGAUUGAAUUAUUUAAUUAUAAUUAUGCCUUCUGUAUAGACACACAGGUGUGAAUACGUAAUGGAGAUUCUUAAAAGCUAUACAAUGUUGUGUUUUUUUUUUUUCUUUACUUUGGUUUUAAAGUAAGGACUAGUAUGUUGAGCUUCGCUCUGUCUCUAUGUGUAAAAACGAAAAAAGAAAUAAAGAACAAAUAAAGAAACGAAUCGACACGGCGAAUUCUGGCGAAGUUCCUUUUCCUCAGAGAAAAUAGGAAAAAUUCAAAUUCAAAUAUUAAGCCGUACAGAGUGAUGUUAUAGUGUUAGGUUAAUGGCUAAAGAUAUGCGCGAAGUAAUAUAUUCGGUGAGUGUCUUUCAUACGUCGUGACAUCAUAUUCGGAGAGAUACGAUCACAUCCGUGCUAUGAGCACAGUUUAAAUAGAAGUUAAAUUACGCGUAUGAAUAUCGAAUACAGCGUAACACGACGUACAUGUACACAAUCGAGUUUACUUCUUGUCAUCCUACAUGUUUAUGGUCGCGUGAGAUGCACAUACGUACGAAAAUAUUUGCAGAUAUUAUACAAUAAAAGAAUUUUAUAACUUUUAUUUCAAAUGAAACGUUCUACUAUGGCUCGAAUUGUUCAAUAUUAAUCCAAUGUUGCAUUUUUAAAUUUUCAAGUUCUCAGACAUUCAAAUGCUCAAAUUUCCGAAUUUUUAAAUUUUCACAAAUUUGUCGCGAUUUUACGCACGAUUUUCGCACAAUUUUGUUGUUUUACGUUGAUUUUACGUACUGUUUCGACGAAAUUUAUUGAAGAAUCUGUGACAAAACCGCGAACGAAUUCUUCCCUGCGAGUAGUCACGUUUAACAACAUUACACACACGACCAUAACUUUAUACAUUCUAAUUAAUUUAAGUGCGAUGAAGGCACGAGGCGUGUGCAGAUGGUGUAAUGAAACAACCACGAGAAAAAAGAUAAUACUUUGCCUUUGCAUCGUCAUAUCCGCUGUUCGCAGUGAAAACGCAUUUAUCUUCGAAUACUUUUUAUCAAGGCGAAUCAACGUCAGUAACAUUAUUGACAAUUUACACAGACGACAAGCGAAGCUCACAGAGUAAUUUUAUACCAUUUAGAAUUGGAAAUGUAAUUUAGAAUUAGAAUGUAAAAAUACUAUGUAUAUAUACAAGUAAUUAAUGCGUACCAGUUGCUGGGUACUUUAGUUUAUAUUACACGAUUUUCUUUCCCCUCAUCUGUCUUUCAUCCUUAUUUUCGCUUUUUUUUUUUUCUUU